ACAUUUCAAGAGGGUCCUGAAUGUAGCUCAACUGGCUGAGCAACCAUUCUGAAACUGCCACGAAGCAUUCCGUUUCUCCAUUUCAAAUCAUUCCUGUCGUCUCUCCUCUCUGUGAUUCCUCUUCUCUCAUUAUGAUUCACAGACUCAUUCGUCAAUCUUUGUUUUUUUCUUCUUUCCAUUAUAAAGCCCUUCUGCCAGUUGAUUUCCUUCACAUUAGAAACAUAGUCAAGACACUUCCUGUUGAGGGGUCGGCUCUAGGACCCUGGGAGGACAGAGAGGGGCAGGAGGCGAUAUUUUUAAUCUGACCACAGAACCUGUUAACUGCUGCUGCCAGAGCUUCCGCAAAGACAAUACACUCACUGCUCCACUGCAAAGAGAGAGUGUGUCUGGCUGUGUCUCUGUCACUCUGUGUGUGUGUGUUGGUGUGUGAGAAAGACAGUGUCAGUGCCUGCUUUAGCUUUAACUGUAGGCCAUUAGCUUUUAUUACAGGGGCAGAGACACAGAAAGUUUGUGGAACGUUUAGUAAGUGUUUUUUGUGUGUUUGUGUGUGAGAGAAUUUUGUUUGUGCUUGUUUGUUUGUGUGUUUGUUUGUGUGUGUGUGUGUGUGUGUGUAAUCGAGAAAAAGAGAAGCAGAGACAGAAGUGCAGUACUCGGGGCCAGUCUCGGGCCCGUGUGUAUGUGUGUGAGGGAGAAGAUGUGUGUGACAGUGUGUCUUGUGUCAUGAGUGGGGAAGCUCCAUGGACCCGCAGGUGCCCAUACUGAAAGGCUUCUUGGCUGAGGUUGCCUGUAAGGAGACUGGGCAGGAGGCAGAAAACAGCUACAAUGGGGAGUUCGCGAGGCUGAAGCGUCAGUCUACUAAGAUUCGAACGGACAAAAUCUUUCCCACCAAAGCAGCAGAGAAACAAGAGAAUGUGAAGAAGAACCGUUACAAAGACAUCGUUCCCUUUGACCAUAGCAGAGUCAGAAUAACCCUCAACAUCUCCAAUGGAGACAGUGACUAUAUCAAUGCCAGCUUCAUCAAGGGAGUGUCAGGACAAAAGGCAUAUAUUGCCACACAAGGCCCAUUGCCACACACUGUACUGGACUAUUGGCGGAUGCUCUGGCAGUAUAACGUACAGGUUGUAGUGAUGGCAUGUCGGGAAUUUGAAAUGGGAAGGGAAAAAUGUGAGCGCUACUGGCCUGCUAACACAGAGGACCUGUUUGUUUGCGAGCCGUUCAUUGUGAAAUGUGUAUCAGAGGAAAAUAAAGGGGAUUAUAUCACACGGGUGUUAAAUGUCACCUAUCAGUCUGCCAGCCGCACAAUCAGGCAACUGCACUACAUGAACUGGCCGGACCACGGCGUCCCAGAUUCCAUCCCUCCCAUUCUGGAGCUACUACAAGAGAUGCGUGGCUACCAGGACCAUGAAGACAUACCCAUCUGCAUACACUGCAGUGCUGGAUGCGGAAGAACAGGAGCAUUGUGUGCAAUAGACUAUACCUGGAACCUACUGAAAAGACAGUGCAUCCCUGAGAACUUCAGCAUCUUUGACUUGGUGCAGGACAUGCGUACUCAGAGGCCUUCAGUGGUCCAGACCAAGGAGCAGUAUGCGCUGGUUUAUAGGGCCGUCCGGUUUCUGUUUGAGCACCACCUGGAUGCUCUAGAGUCCUCCUGCAGCCCAGAACCAGAGGAGGUCAAUUCACCUCCAUCCCCAAUCACCCCUGACUUCAGUAGUGACCUAUCAGACUUCAGUGAGACAGAGGUGGAACCUCAUAUAGAGCCUGGACCAAGACUCAUGCAGCCUGUGUUGUGUAUGGACGCCCCGGUGACGAGGAGCCACCUCUCGCAAGAGGAGCCGGAAGCAAUGCCAUCGUCCGCGGCACGCCGUCCUGAUGACAUCCUCUGUGCCAUGGCGGUCAAGCCUCCCCGAAAACUCCGGUCGCCUACACCCGACUCACACGACACCCAAAGCAUCGGCCAAACACACACAUCGAACAGCAACAUGCACACCCCUGACCACCAAACAGCAAGGGUCACACAUCAUAUCACACAACUCCCACACAGCAGACACUCAAGUGUGACAGACGACAACACACACCAUGUAGCACCUUGCCAAGAAAUCACACAUACACAAAUCCACCUAAACGAUUCACUCGCACAGCACCCAGUGCAGGUCACACACACACCACAUAUCCUCCAAAUCCCGCUCAUCCAACAGCUCACACACACUCAACAGAGAGCACACGUCACACAAACCUUGGUCAUACCACACAUGCCAUACACCCCACCUGCUGAGCCUGCGUCCCCCCAACUUUGUGUGACAGUAGAGGACCCCUACUUCAGCCCUGUGGCGUCCCCGACGGGAGUGGAAAGCUUGGCCGCCGAUUACUGCUUCAGGCCACCACUGCUUACGGUCAAUGAACAACCACUGCAGCACUGCUCACAGUCACACACAGCUGCUGUGGUAGCCUCUGCUUCUGAUGAUGAGGAGCCUCCUGGUCUGCCUGAACGCACACCUGAGUCCUUCAUACUGGACCCUAAUGCACCCACAGAUACUGGAGGGCCUCCGUCCCCAGCGCCCCCCCUUCCAGAGCGCACCCCUGAGUCCUUCCAGCUGCUCUCCCCUGAUGAGUUGGCAAUGAUCAUGAACCAGGUAAAGCUCACAGACUCUGUGGGCAAGGUGGGCCAGUCUUCCGAGUGGUCUGGCAACACGAAGACCUCACCUGCUGUCAAAAGAUCAUGGUCCAGAAGCAAGAGCUUAAAGGUCCGAAUGUCUCUCCCAGCUCCACCUCCUGUUCCGUUGUCCGCUCCCAUUGCCAGCCCUACCUACAAACUUCAAGAAUCACCCAGAAGCCUCACUCCCCCCUUGCCAGAAAGGACACCUGAGUCUUUUAUUGUGCCCACAGAUGAUGAGGUAUCAAGGCUAACCAAGACAUUAUUGGUCGUCCAACCCAGCAAUACACCAGGUAGCCCCCCGUCUCCAGCACCCCCCCUCCCUGAGCGGACUGCAGAGUCCUUCGAGCUGCCCUUGGCCGAUGCAGCUCUCUCAGUGCCAGGCUUAAUGAGCACCAGUCUGCCUGAGCACAAUCGGCGGUCUAUGCUGUGCCUCCGUGAGGUCCGUGGGGACGGUCAGCGGGCUACGCGCUGCACCAGCGCCAUCUUCCUGCCCGACAACAGGAGCCUGUCUCUGCCGCGCAACAGCGCCCCCUGGCCCACCGGCAGUCCACAGCUCACUCUGUCUGUGGCUACCGCCCCCUGCUGUAAGCCUGGAGAAGUGCAGCUGCAGCAGUGUUCUGCCCAGUGCAACAGCAGCAGCAUUAACGUCAGCGCCAACCCCCUGGCUGACGCACAUCAGCCAACAGUGCUCUCUGGCUCCCCCCUCAGGAUGACAGAGUCAUUGUCGCCUCAGCAGCGCGUCGGAUGCUCGUCUGAAUGGGCCGGGCCCUCUCAAUCCAAAGCGCAAGAUCCUUUCAUGAACAGAAGCAAGAGUGUUAAGGUGAAGAGUUCAAAACCAGCCCCGUUGUCAGUUAUUGCACCUGAUGUGGCCAUAUCACUAGAGGCAGAAGGAGCCCCCGCUAUGGGAGCCUCGGCCAGAGCUCCGACUCAGCCGGGUUCUGCAGCCCCAGAGAAUGCUGGGACGGAAGAAGGUUCCAGAAAGGCCAUGACCAGGAAGAAGAGCUGGAAGAGGUUCAUUUCCAAAAAUAAAGAGAAAUCAGCCCCGCCUCCGGCUCAACUCCCGCCCCCAUACUCAGCCAUGGCAGGGCUCAGAUUGGUGUUUGGGAAUCGUCUCAAGAAGCCCAAAGGCCCGCGGACCCGCCCGGAGUCCUGGGUGUAGGAGGGGCUGAAUGGGUGAGCAGGAGGCAGAUGAAGAUGACGAAGAUGAAGACGAAGAAGAGGGAAACAUGACCCCUGGCUCUCCUCCAUCAGGCCCGAUGGGGUAUACUACGAAGCAAGGCUUACCCAGGUAACUUCGGGAGAUACCACUGAUCUCAAAACAAUACUGUACAUGCAGUGUAGCGUAAUCUCACUCCCGAAGUGACCGGGCUAAGCCAGUGACCUUGUUUCGUUGUACGGUCUUCUGGAGUUCUCGCUCUGAUGCUGCUGCUGCUCACGCUCCCCUUCUCCACCUGACCUUUCCACCUCUGUCCACUCAACCCAGGAGCCUCAGGGCAGGUUGGCCUAGACUCUGACCGGAGAUGCAAGACUGGAGAGCACAUCUGUUGGUACUGGUGUUGCACUGAAGCUCCAGUAGGCUAUGCUCCAGUCAGUGCCAGCCAAACUGGUAUAGGAGCCAUGUUAGUCCAAAAUGAAUAGGUAAUUGUGCAUUAAAUGGAUGUUUGUUGAAGAUAUAGUCCAGACUUGUUGGUACUUUGUUAACGGUGUACAUGUUUUCAGACAUGUCAAAAAUCGUAGUGUUUGACAAAGAAUUAGCUCUGACUCUUGUACUUUGUUAUGGUGAACACGUUAUUGCUUUAAGCUGAUGACAAACAAGCAUUUUGUGCACUUUUAUGGUUUGAUUACUGUCCCACUUCAUCUCCCUAACCCUACCAGAAACUUUUCUUUAACUGUUUAUGUUCAUUUUUUCCCCCCUCACUGAAAUGGGAUCAAUAUGUAGGCAUCAGAUGGUAUACAAACUAUUGAAAUGAGUCCGUAUUAGUGUGGGCAUUCUUUCUUGGGGUUCAGUGGAAUGUGGGUGCGAUGUAAGAUUUCAAACGGAUGUAAACUAGUGGAUGGCUGGUGACCAGACGGCUGGUGACCCAGGUCAGCCCCCUACUUCAGCUCUGGCUGAAUGAAUGUCACAGGUGCACACUUUUCCUUUUCCUUUCCUUAUAUGGUCACCAGCCUUCAGAAAACAAACAGCAGCACUAUGAACAAAGGAGGGAAUAGGCUUAAUCUCAGGUAUCCAAUUGUGCAAAUGCAUUCCUGGAAAUAUCAUGUAAGUUAUAUUUGGCAUAAGAAGUUGAUUACUUUUUGUUCUUUGCAUAUGAAAUGUGGUAGCAAACUGUAAGAUAAAUGUAUGGUGUAUGUGUCUAUGUCCCCAACUAGGACAUGAACCUCCCCCAAGACUACACACAGUGGACAAAUGUACUUUCUGCCAAUUUGGCCACUUCUCCUUUAGUCAUUUCAUACUAUGAGAAAAAGAUAACUGUCUCUAGGAUGGUAUUUUAUUAUUAGAUUAAAAAGCAGAAGAUGCCCAAAGGGAACCCUAAACAAUAAAAAACUCCCACCACAGUUUUCCACUAUUAA